AUGGCUCUCUCAUACCUAUUUGGUCUCUCCACGACCGCCCUCGUCGUGGUCGGAUUGUAUAUGCUCUUCCAGGGUGAAGGAGAAGCUUUCAAUGUCGGCCGCUUCCUUGAAGAGGUAUCUCCUUUCGCCUGGGCAAAUAUUGGUAUCGCGCUAUGCAUCGGAUGCUCGGUAGUGGGCGCUGCAUGGGGUAUCUUCCUCACGGGUUCCUCAAUCCUCGGCGGUGGUGUUCGAGCUCCUAGAAUUCGGACCAAGAACUUGAUCUCCAUUAUUUUCUGUGAGGUUGUGGCUAUCUACGGCGUCAUCACAGCUAUCAUCUACUCCUCCAAGCUUACUCCGGUCCCCGAAGCGGAGCUCUACACGAGGAGCAACCUGUAUACUGGAUAUGCCCUUUUCUGGGGUGGUGUUACUGUUGGAUUCAGCAACUUGAUCUGUGGUAUCUCUGUCGGCAUCAACGGAAGUGGUGCUGCUCUUGCGGAUGCUGCCGAUCCUAGCUUGUUUGUCAAGAUUCUUGUCAUUGAGAUCUUCAGUUCCGUUCUCGGCUUGUUCGGUCUUAUCAUUGGCUUAUUGGUGGGUGGUAAGGCCUUGCCCAUGGGCUCUGCAUAG